CAGGCCCUCCUCCCCUCCGGCGUGGGUAGGUGGAUGUAUGCAGAGCCAGACAGGCUAGCCAGAGUUUCUAGUUUCCACUACCAUCUUAGAUUUUCCCGCCGAUCAUUCUUAGUCGCCGGCACCGGCAGGAACUUCCUCUUCCUUUUAAUUCUCCUAUUGCAUUUGAUUCCAAUCAAUCUCCUGCCCCCUCAGGCCUCUUCCUACAGUCCCCAACCUACACGCGCAGGUUUUGUCCGUAUUGAUGCGGGUAGAUUGGAUAUAUACAUGAACUCAAUUGAUGGGGCAUAAAAAGCGAAACCCUGCCCCACGUUCCAAACAAUCUGUGGCGGCUUCUCCGGUGACACAAUCUGCCAUCGGCGGAGCCGCCAAUGGCCCUACUUCAGCCGAGUCAGAGCUGUGCAUGAGUUCUAAUGACACUAUUCAAAGCGCGACCAAGAUCGAGCUGUCUCCUCAACCCGAGCCUUCGGUUUACUCCACAAUCAAGCUUGAAUGUGAACGGGCCCUCAAUGCGCUCAGACGUGGUAAUCACACUAAGGCACUGAGGCUUAUGAAGGAGUCAUGCUCCAGACAUGACGGCUCCGCUUACUCUGCCUUGAUUCAUCGAGUUCAGGGUACCGUAUGUGUCAAAGUGGCCUCAAUUAUUGAUGACCCAAGUGCGAAGCAAAGACAUUUGAAGAAUGCAAUUGAGUCUGCGCGAAGAGCCGUUGAGCUAUCGCCCAGUUCUGUUGAGUUUGCCCAUUUUUAUGCAAAUUUGUUAUACGAGGCAGCAAAUGAUUCGACCGAAUACGAGCAGGUGGUGAAGGAGUGUGAAAGGGCACUCGGGAUUCCAAAUCCAAUUGAUCCUGCAAAGGAGAGCUUGCAGGAUGAGAGCCAGCAGAAAAUAUCAACCCCUGACGCCCGUAUAGCUCAUGUCCAGAAUGAGUUGCGGCAGCUAAUUCAGAAGUCAAACAUAGCUUCCUUAUCAACGUGGAUGAAAAAUCUGGGUAAUGGGGAGGAGAAAUUCCGUUUGAUUCCAAUACGGAGGGCAACAGAGGACCCAAUGGAGGCGAGGUUGGUUCAAACUAGAAGGCCAAAUGAGAUAAAAAAGGUGACCAAGACUCCCGAUGAGAGAAGAAAAGAAAUUGAAGUUCGAGUUGCUGCUGCAAGGCUAUUGCAGCAAAAGUCAGAGUCACCCCAAUCCCAGAACCAAGGGGAGAGGGAUGGCAGGACAGUGGAUUCAUCUUCAGGAUCUGGGCAGAGGAUCAGUGAGAGGCGGAAGCAUGGUCAUGUCCGAAAAGCUGGCUCUACAUCUGAAAGGAGAGAUUGGGUUCGUUUAUAUUGGAAUUUGAUGAGUAUUGAUUUGAAGAGGGAGUUCCUUAGGAUUAGGGUAUGUGAUCUCAAAUCUCACUUUGGGUCUUCAAAGGAUGCUUUGCUGAAUGACAUUGUAGCAGAAGCUUUGUCGUAUGCUGAGGCCAACAAAACAUGGAGAUUUUGGCUUUGCUGCCGCUGUGGUGAGAAGUUUUCAGAUUCGGAGUCUCACAUGCAGCAUGUUGUGCAGGAACACAUGGGGAAUCUUUUACCUAAAAUGCAAAGACUUUUGCCUCAAAAUGUUGACAACGAAUGGAUUGAGUUGAUAUCUAAGUGUUCUUGGAAACCUCUAGAUGCAUGUGCUGCUGUGAAAAUGCUUGAAAGUCAAGCAAAAUGUGAUGAUUUUUCAUUUCCUGAGGAUUCCUAUGUGGAUCAUAUCGAGGAGCACCAUGAUUGCUUUAAAGACUCUAAUUAUUUUUUGCCUAAAAGGGGACAUGACCUUGGUAGCUGUACACCAGAUAGAAGUAACUGUUAUAAAUCUGAGGAAACUGGUAUUGCAGAUGGUGUUGAAGUUGAACGGUCUGUAGCAUAUUCCCAUUCUGAUGGUUGGCCAUUGUCAGAUGACUCUGAGCGUGCAAAGCUUCUUGAGAAAAUUCAUGCAGUACUUGAUAUGCUUAUUAGACACAAAUAUCUUGCUGCUAGUCAUCUUGGCAAGGUCAUACAGUUUACCAUGGAUGAGAUACAGGGACUUGCUGCUGGAUCUCAGCUUUUGAACCAUGGUUUAGACCAAUCACCAACGUGCAUAUGCUUUUUGGGAGCCCCACAACUCAAGAAAAUUCUCAAAUUUUUGCAGGAGCUGUCUCAUGCUUGUGGUUUGGGCAGAUAUGUUGAUAAAAGUAUUAGUCCCAUGGAUGAUUUACACAAUUCAAAUCAAAUUCCCGAGAUUAAAGAGAAGAUUGUUCUCAAUGGAGAUGCAUCAUGCCUUCUUCUAGAUGAAUGUUUAGUGCCUGCAGAAAUCACUCCUAGUGCUACUAAGAGUGCUGCAUUGGAUGAUGUGACUACCCCGACCUCUAAUGAUGUUGCUUCACACACCGAUCCUUUCCUAUCUUGGAUAUUUUCAGGUUCAUCUUGUGGGGAUCAAUUGACUUUGUGGAUGAGAACAAAAGAAGAUAAAAGAUGUCAAGGAAUGGAACUUGUCCAGACUCUUGAGAAGGAGUUUUAUCACCUACAGAGCCUUUCUGAGAAGAAAUGUGAGCGAAUGAAUUAUGAGGAAGCACUGCAGGUUGUAGAGGACCUUUGCCUAGAAGAAGGUAAGAAGAGGGAAAAUUUCACCAAAUUUGUUCAGCAAAGCUAUGGAUCUGUUUUGAGAAAGCGGAGAGAAGAGCUCAUUGAGAGUGAAAAUGAUGUCAUGUAUGUUGGCAAUAGAUUUGAGUUGGAUGCCAUAACAAAUGUUCUGCAAGAAGCAGAGGCAAUGAAUGUUAAUCAAUUUGGUUAUGAGGAAAACUAUACUGGUGUAUGUGACGUGGAAUCUGGUGAAGAUGAUGAAUGGAGAAUGAAAGACUAUUUGCAUCAAAUGGAUAGCUACAUAGAAAUAGCCAUUCAGAAACUGAAGGAAAACCUAUCUGUGGAGCUUAGCAAAAUUGAUGCACGGAUCAUGAGAAAUGUUACAGAGAUGCAGCAGUUGGAACUGAAGCUUGAGCCUGUUUCUGCUUUUGAUUAUCGUGCAAUAUUACUUCCUCUAGUGAAGUCGCACCUAAGGGCACGUUUGGAAGAUUUGGCUGAGAAAGACGCAACGGAGAAGUCUGAUGCAGCACGAGAAGCAUUUUUGGCUGAGCUUGCUCUUGAUUCAAAGAGGGGCUCUAAAGGGGGAAGUGAUAGUGCGAAACAUAUGGAGAAAACAAAAGAUAAGAAGAAAAAUAAAGAAAACAGAAAAACAAGGGAUUUGAAGGCUACAUAUGGUCAUGAGCCGCACAAUGUUGACACCACUACUCCCGAUUCCUAUUCCCUUGAGCGUGAUAAGGACCAUGAUUCCAUUCCUGUUUCUACGAUUAGUGUUGACUUGGAACAACAGGAAGAGGAAGUUAGACGUAAAAUUGAGUUAGAAGAAGAGGAAAAAAAACUUGAAGAAACUUUGGAGUUACAACGUCGAAUAGAAAAUGAGGCUAAACUGAAGCACCUUGCUGAGCAACAAAAAAAAUCCUCUGGGACAUAUUUGGAGAAGCCGGCUGACAAAGUUCUGGAUUGUCAAUUAAAGGCCGUUGCUGAUGGCCUAGAAAGACCGCCCAUGCUGGAGCAGUUAGCAAAUGAGAAUGCUUACCCUCGCAAUUUAGAUGGUGUGCUUAUUGCCACAUCAAAUGGUUCUGCAGUUCCAAACAAAUCUUUACUUGAUUCAGUGAAUCAAACGAUUCAUCAUAUGGACCCAUCAAAUAUUAGGCAAGCAGAUCUGUCUAACAAAGUAGUUCCUGAGAAUGGUUUUCACUUGGCUGAGCCGCGUACAGGGAAAAAGGGUAAACGCCAUAGAAAUGCUUCCAGGUUGGCUGAUGGAAAGUUUGAGGCUGUCUCAUCGGAUAAAGAGAAUGUUGGUGCACAUGCUGAUAACCAUUUAAGAGAGCAUGUUAAAUUCCACAGCAAUCAGGAUGCUAACGACGUGCAAGGAGACAAUGAAUCAAUGACUCUGAAAGAGUUGCAAGUGGAGCAUGAUGAGGAGGAAAGGUUCCAAGCUGACCUAAAAAUAGCUGUACGCCAAAGUCUGGACACAUAUCAAGCUCUUCAAAAAUUGCCUCCAGAUUCUAGAUUGAGAACGCCAGAUAGAGCUUCUUCGCAAGUAGAUAAUUUUGGUGCUCCACUGGAGGAGAACACAACUGAGAAUGUCAAUGGAGGUAGUUUGCUUGGUGCCGGGUUGAAGAAUGAAGUGGGUGAAUAUAAUUGCUUUCUCAAUGUUAUAAUACAAUCUUUGUGGCAUUUGCAACGUUUUCGUGAGGAGUUUCUUAGCAGAUCAAGAUCAGAGCAUGAUCAUGUGGGUAAUCCUUGCGUUGUGUGUGCAUUGUAUGAUAUCUUCGCUGCCAUGGGAAUUGCGUCAAAGGAUUGCAGGGGAGAAGCUGUAGCCCCUACUUCUCUGAGAAUAGCUCUAAGCAAUCUAUGUCCAGAUAGUAACUUCUUUCAGGAGGCUCAGAUGAAUGAUGCUUCUGAAGUACUGGCAGUGGUAUUUGACUGCCUUCACCGAUCAUUUACUCGUGGUUCAAGUGUUUCUGAUACAGAAUCAGUGGAAAGCAACUCCAUGGGAUCUUGGGAUUGUGCAAACAGUAGUUGUAUAGCACAUUCACUCUUUGGAAUGGAUAUUUUUGAACGGAUGAACUGCCAUCACUGUGGUCUUGAGUCCAGGCAUCUGAAGUAUACUUCCUUCUUCCAUAAUAUAAAUGCCAACUCCCUUCGGACCAUGAAGGUAAUGUGUAGUGAAAGCUCCUUUGAUGAGCUUUUGAAUGUAGUGGAGAUGAAUCAUCAGUUAGCUUGUGAUCCAGAAGCUGGCGGCUGUGGCAAGCUAAAUUACAUCCAUCAUUUUCUUUCAAAACCACCUCAUGUUUUCACAACUGUUCUAGGUUGGCAAAAUACAUGCGAGAGUGCUGAUGAUAUUAAAGCAACUUUGGCAACGCUGAGCACCAAGAUGGACGUCAGUGUUCUUUAUCGUGGGUUAGACCCAAAAAGCAUUCAUAGCUUGGUUUCCGUGGUAUGCUACUAUGGGCAACACUAUCAUUGCUUUGCUUAUAGCCAUGAACAUGAGCAAUGGAUUAUGUAUGAUGAUAAGACAGUCAAGAUAAUUGGUGGGUGGCUUGAUGUUCUUGCAAUGUGUGAAAGAGGGCAUCUACAACCUCAGGUUCUUUUCUUUGAAGAUGUAAACUAAUUUUCUCGGGGGAACUGAUAACAUCAUCUUUGGUAAUGGAGAAAAUAACGGUGACAUGGUUUGGUACUCAACUGGUUCCGUGUGAAGCCCUGUUCAUGUGGAUGCAUUGCUGCUUAGACAGAAGUGGUAUCCAGGGGCAAAUAAUAUAGCAAGGUUCUCCAGAGGCAACAAAUUUUGGCAUACGUAGGUCAAUUUUGAUACUGGAUAUGGUAGGAAGGAUGGUUUCGAGGGGGGAGGGGUUGAACGAAUCGUGCACCAAAAUUUUUUUAUACUAACCGGAUGCAUUUGGACGCUGAAGAGCUUAGGGAGACUUUACAUAAUUGGUCCAUUUUGGGAGCAUAAUUGUCAAUUCUCGUUUACAUUCAAUAAGCAGGCUCUGUUUUGGGACGUAGCACCAAAAUAUGUGGACGUUACCAGCUCUGCGCGGGAAGAUCUUGUGGUGAAAAUGAGGACCUAUUGUUUUCAGGAAUUAUUUUGUUGGAGGAGCUAUUAAAAAAAAUGCAUAUUAGUUGGAGGGGAAUAUGUUUUAUUUCCAGUGGCUUUUCCCUUAUCCUCCCUACCUCCCCACAAACAAACCAAGGUGAUUUUAGAGAGCAUCUGUAUAGCUUACAAACAAUUACAUAUUUUUUUGAGGAAAUGUCAUCUUGUUGCAGCUAAAAAGAGUGUAGUUUCCUGAUCUAUAUUCUAUUUGAAUUAUGAUAUGUACGGGGUUUUGUUUGUGCAGCUGUGAACCGAGCAGUCGCUUCCUCGUUUCAUUGAAAUUCUUUUUUUUUUU